AUGUCCACCAUUGUCGAGGAAGAUCCCGCGUCAAAGGAUUUCCACUGGCAGCCCUUCGUGGAGCACUGGACACCCCCGUACGAAGACUUCGAGGAGGAGGAGGUUAUGGGAGAGCUCUAUGCUUCUCGUGCAUUCCGCGAUGCCGAGCGGGACGUCCUGGCACUUCCACGAGAAGGCGACGAUGAUGAUCUCCCCCGUGCCGUCUUUGCUUACAUGUUCUGGUCCGAUGCGACACAUACAGCGCAGUUCGGCAACUCGAAACUUUGGCCUGGCUACGCAUUUGUUGGCAACCAAUCCAUGUACAUGCGGAGCAGGCCGUCGGCGCGCGCUGCUCAUCACUUUGUGUAUUUCCCCAUGCUAGAUGACUCAUUUGAGGACUUCCUGGCGAAAAAUAAUGUCCAUGCGACACCUCAUCUACUCGCACAUUGUCGACGCGAGCUCUUUCAUGGCGUCUGGCAUCUCAUACUGGACAAGGAAUUUCUGGAGGCCUACACGCACGGCAUCAUCCUCAAGUGUAUGGACGGCGUCACGCGGCGCAUCUACCCGCGCAUUUUCACGUAUUCCGCUGACUACCCAGAAAAAGUCCUCAUAGCUACGACUCGGGACAUGGGAAUCUGCCCCUGCACUCGAUGCACGACCGCCAAACAUGCGAUUCGUGAGCUCGGAACGCCCGAAGACCGCGCGGCACGUCGGGAUCUUGCACGGAAGGACAACCAGCAAAGGCAAGAGAAGGUCCGAAGUGCACGUGAAGACCUCGCCAAUGGCUACGUCGUAAACAGCGACCGAGUCGAGCAGAAGCUCAAGCCGGAGUCGUAUGUUCCCAUCCAGGUAAGAAGCUUCACCGAUGGCCUGUAG